UCUGUCGUCGUGUGCUGUGCUGUUGAUUUUGCGCAACUCUUGAAUAAGAAAUUAAAAUAUUUAUAAAGCAAAAUAACGUUAUUAAUCAGGAAUGUCGUACAAACAACAUAGUUAACUUCUUACGUCUUAAGACAUUCGUUUUUUGAAGAAGUUGAGUCAGUAAAAGUGAAAAUUAAGGCACUGUAUACCUUCAUUAUGUCAGUUACAAAACGCAAACGUUCUGUUGAGAAGGAAGAAUUAAUUGAGAACGGCGACGUAAAUUUUAGCGGAGGGCAUAGUAAUAUAAAGGGCGAUGAAAUUAAUAUUGCUGUUUUAUUAUUCCUUUACACACUUCAAGGAAUUCCCUUGGGAUUGGCUGGUGCUAUUCCUAUGUUACUUCAAAAUAGAGGAAUCACAUACACACAACAAGCCGAAUUCAGCUUUGUCAAUUGGCCAUUUAGUGUAAAAUUACUCUGGGCUCCAAUAGUAGAUGCAUUAUUUUGGCCUGAAUUUGGAAGACGUAAAACAUGGCUGGUACCAGUUCAGUACCUAAUCGGCAUUGUCAUGAUUAUAAUGUCUAGCAGUAUCUCAGAUUGGUUGGGCUCUGAAGACCAAGCUCCAUCAAUGAUGAUACUAACUAUAUCUUUCCUAUUUCUAAACUUCUUGGCUGCAACCCAGGAUAUUGCAGUUGAUGGAUGGGCACUUACUAUGUUGAAAAGAUGCAAUGUUGGACAUGCUUCAACUUGUAAUACAGUUGGUCAAACAGCUGGCUUCUUUCUCGGUUACGUUUUGUUCUUGGCACUUGAAUCUCCAUAUUUUUGCAACAAAUAUCUGAGAACUGUCCCUGAAGAUACUGGCCUUGUUACAUUAUCUAGUUUCCUUUUAUUUUGGGGAUGGGUAUUUAUUAUAACAACAACUAUAGUGGCUCUGUUUAAACAUGAAAAUAAUGACACCAUUAAUAACCCACAAGAGAGUCAAGUAAAGGGAAUAAAAGAUAUUGUAAAUGCAUACAAACAGUUGCUAACUAUUGUAAAAUUACCAGCGGUGAGGACUCUUGCUUUAGUUCUUUUUACAGCAAAGUUGGGUUUCUGUGCCAGUGAUGCGGUGUCAGGUCUGAAGCUGGUGGAGGCGGGUGUGCCGCGCGAGGAUCUCGCACUUCUCGCUGUGCCUCUAGUUCCUGUACAGAUUAUAAUGCCUGUAAUUCUAUCAAAGUACACGACGGGUCCGGCGCCGUUGUCGUUAUGGCUACGUGCGUUCCCACUGCGUUUGCUGGUGGGGCCACUAGCCGCCGCACUGGUGGCUAUCACACCCAGCUUGUUGGGCAAUUCCGGUCCUUCAUACUCCUAUCUAUUCAUUCUAUUGUGUCUUUAUAUAUUCCAUCAGACUUGCCUGUACUGUAUGUUCGUAGCAGUAAUGGCAUUCUUCGCUAAAGUAUCAGACCCUGCUGUGGGUGGAACUUACAUGACACUCCUCAACACGGUGUCCAACCUGGGCACCAAUUGGCCCAACACCCUCGCGCUCUGGGCCAUCGACCAUUUGACCUUCAAGACAUGUUCACCUGCUCUCAGUGACAAUACAUGUUCAUCACCUUUUGAAGUAGAUGAAUGCAAAGCCAGCGGUGGUACGUGUGUUGUGAGUAUUGACGGGUUUUACAUAGAGACAGUGAUAUGUCUGAUAGCCGGCUUCCUCUGGCUGCAGUGGGGCAGGUCCACCAUCAACCGUCUGCAGCGGCUGCCGGCCUCCGCCUGGCAGAUCGCCAGGGUUAGAUAAGACUGAUAUGUCCC